AGUUGUUACAAUUCACUGCUUCUGAGUCCCUCAGUGGAGAGUAUCGAUGUAUGGCCAUAUGCAGAGAUGACUUUUAUUCUUCAACCACAUGGAGUGAAGCCUUCACAGUGUCAGUGUUCCCUCAACCAAAAGCUCAACUGGGAACCAAUAAAUUCAACAUGUCUGAAGGCAGCAGAGUGACGCUGACCUGCUCAGUGAAUCCAUCAGCUGGAUGGAAAUACUUCUGGUACAGAGACUCCAAAACCUCCCUCCUGAACACACAUGAUACUGAUGAGUAUCUGAGUCAGUCUGAAGUCUCACAGGAGGGACGUUACUGGUGCAGAGGAGGAAGAGGAGGAAGAGGAGGAAGAGGAGAUCCACUUUACUACACAGAGUACAGUGAUCCCAUCAGUGUCACUAAAAUAAUCCCAAACAAGGCAACCCUGACUCUGCAACACGACAGACCACAGCUCUACCAAGGAGAGACCAUCGCUCUCAGAUGUGCCAUCGAUGGAGGAAACACAGGAUGGGAGUAUGAGUGGGAAACCAGCAGUUUACUCAAACCACCAAAUGUCAGCCAAUACAGGAUGGAGGCUCUUUCUUCACAGCACCAGGGAGAAUACAGAUGUAAAGGAAACAAGCUGAGAGGAGCACAGUCAACAGAUUGGAGCAACACCGUCACACUGACAGUAUUAAGCAGACCAAAGCUCUCUGUGUCUCCAUCAUGGUUGAUUCCUGGAGCUUCAGUCACUCUGAUCUGUCACACUGAGCCUCCGUCAGCAGGGUGGAGCUUCUACUGGUUCAAAGCUGUUCCAAACUCUCAGGAUUCCUACACCUAUGAGCCUCUACCUGGUACCAGCAGUGGGACAGCAAACAAUUCCUUCACAGUUCAUGGACAGACACACACAGCAGGAUAUGCAUGUUCAGCUGGACGAGGGGAUCCGCUGAUUUACACACAAUACAGUCGUCCCACAUUUGUCUGGUCUUCAGGUGUUCAUCCAUCAGCGUCUCUCACAGUGAAUCCUGACAGAGUCCAACACUUCACCUCUGAAUCUCUCUCACUGACAUGUGAAGGAAACUCUUCCCAGUGGAGGCUGAUCCAGUUUCUGACUGACGACUCGCUGUUGAGCUUUCUUCCUCCAGCUGCAAUCAAUGGAUCAACAUAUAUUAAGAAUGAGGCUCCAAGAAAAGCUGUGUACUGGUGUGAGUCUGGAACAGAGUUCAGCAAUGCAGUCAAUAUCUCCACACACUCUGAUGGCGUUAUCCUGGUGAGCCCUGUGUAUCCUGUACCUGUGGGAGAGUCUGUAACUCUCCUCUGUGUCAUGAAGACAGGAAAUAUUCCCUCUGAUGUGUUUUUCUACAAAAAUAACAAACUCAUUGAAAAUGAGAGACGAGGAGAGAUGAAGAUCUCUGCAGUGUCAGAAUCAGAUGAAGGUUUCUACAAGUGUCAGUACAAUGGAAGAGAAUCAGCACAAAGCUGGAUGGCUGUGAAAGUGUCCAGAUCUGAGAGCUCUUCAUUCCAUGUCUGGUUGAUCUUUGGGCUGGUUUGUGGAGUUUUGCUUAUUUUCAUCCUCUGCCUGCUGUGCUGCUACAAAUGCAUAAAGAGGUCAUGCUGCAGCAGGUUGGUAUGA